AUGGCCAACGCAACGGUCGCAUCGGACUUACCUCCCUUGCCCUCAUACACUCUUUCACCCAUGCCCGACCUGCUGCCAUUUAUUUCCGACUUCUGGCUCGGUCUGCUUCUCCCUGUCGCCGCCUACUGGGCGCUCUCCAUGUUCUUCCACGUCCUCGACGUCUACGAUCUCUUCCCACAGUACCGACUCCACACUCCCGACGAAAUCACGUCGCGAAAUCAUGUAUCGCGUUACGAAGUGGCACGCGACGUCAUCAUCCAGCAGGUCAUUCAGGUCGCUGCCGGCGCUCUCCUGACCGUGCUCGACCCGCCGCAGAUGAUUGGCAAGGAGAACUACGAUGUGGCGGUUUGGGCAACUCGUAUCAGGACCGCGCAGCGAGCUCUGCCCGCCCUGCUCAACUUCCUGGGCUUGAACGCCGCGGCCAUCUCCAAGAACAUGUCGGCGUCGCAUCCGCUUCUGGCCGGUGCUCUCGCCGGCGGUCACUAUCCCUUCCUCACCACGUCUCUCGACGGCAUUGCCAGCACGCCUACCUUUGCCAACUGGGAGAUCAUGUUCGCCAAGGCCAUCUACUAUGUCUUGAUUCCCACUUUCCAGCUUUGGUUCGCUGUUGUCUGCGAAGACACCUGGCAGUACUGGUGGCAUCGGUUCAUGCACACCAACAGGUGGAUGUACACUACGUUCCAUUCCCGGCACCACCGUCUGUACGUUCCCUAUGCCUACGGUGCCUUGUACAACCACCCCUUCGAAGGCUUCCUCCUCGACACGGCCGGUGCGGGCGUCGCCUAUCUGCUGUCAGGCAUGACCCCUCGCAUGAGCCUCAUUUUCUUCACGGGCAGCACGAUCAAGACGGUGGACGACCACUGCGGAUAUGCCCUGCCGUGGGAUCCUCUGCAGCGAAUCACCAGCAACAACGCGGCGUACCAUGAUAUCCACCACCAGAGCUGGGGCAUCAAGACCAACUUCUCACAGCCUUUCUUCACUAUCUGGGAUCGAGCCCUGGGGACCAUGUGGAAGGGCGACGCAAGCCUUCGCUAUGCCAGAGAUCGCGCGAGCGCCGUCAAGAAGGCAUCCGCGGCCAAGUCCGAGUAG